CAGUUGGUGAGAGUGCGUCGGCCCGAACGGAACAACGAAAAAUCAAAAUUUUCGCAUCGGGAAACUCGUGUGUGAAAGUGAAAAUAGACGCUAUAAAUAUACUAUAGAUGUACAUACAGACAUACAUAUAGCGCCCAUCCCAGUUAUACAUACAAAAUAAUUUUAUUAAAUAUCGUGUUAUCGCGUCUAUAUGCGGAAUUGACAGUGAAAGCGUCUAGCAGCCAACGCCCAGAAAAAGUGCAAAAACUCUCCAACGAUAGUUAAGAAAAACUUUAAGAAGUUCAACAAAAAGUUUGUACGUUAACACAUUUUUGAAAUGGCUGACAUACCGGAAGCUGUAAAGAAAUGUGCGGCCAUGUUGAAGGGCACAAAAAGUGAAACCGAAAAGUUUGCUGCCCUCUUCAUGGUGACAAAGCUGGUGAAGGGCAAGGACUGCACAGCAGCCGCUAAAAAGUUGCUCUUCGAGGCCAUCGGCUUCAAUUUUCUCAAGAAGCUGCUCAAUGGCAAAAAUCUGCCCGACGAUUGCCCACCCCUCGUCUACAAGAGUGUUGCGCUCUCGAUUCUCACCUGUUUCUGCCAAGAAGAGGAGCUGGCCACACACAAGGAUAUGAUCGAAGCCAUACCCACUUUGCUUGAGAUCGUCGAAACUGCCGACGAUGAUGACUACGAUGAUAAUUUGAUCGUGGUAAGCGAGUCGUAUAGUUGCCUAAAGAGCAUUGCCACCUAUGAGCCUGGCCAGCAGGCGCUACUCACCAUUGGCGCCAUACCAAAAAUGUCGCAAAUCUAUUCGGCACAGAGUUUUCAAACCGAUGAGGCAUUGCAUUUGAUCGUAUUGUUGGUAACCAAGUUCGGUUCCGCCUCCUGGUCUGAUGAUCCGAAGCCCUUCCAUGCGCUCGUCCAGCGCAUAGCGCUCGAUAUGGAAACCGAAAACAGCGAACGCAAAUACGAACUGUGUACUAUACUUUCGUCCAUACUGAUCACAUGUCGGCGUGAGGUGAUCGUAAACUCUCUGGAGGGCGAAAUCUGGCCCGAGAGUAUUUUCAAGGCUGUUGGCGACAUAUUGAAGGCCAAAAUUGGCCCAAAACAACGAGAGCCGGCUUUGCAUUUGAUUGCGACCACCCUUCAAGUGCUUGGCAUCCAAUGGGCUUUUAUGGACGAUCAGAAGCAGCUCUUCCUCUCUAUUCUCCAGUUGGCCGCCAUAGAGGUGCGUAUGCAAAUGGAUGAGAAAAAACUGGAGACUACGUUUAAGCGCGCUGAUCUGAUCACCUGCUGUUUCGUUAUACUCGAGCUGUGCAUUGAGCAUAUGGCCAGCGAUCAGAUUGACAUGGAGCCCAAGGAGAAGCAGACCACGUACACAGCGCUGAAAGGUGCCUUUAAUCAAGUUUUGGCCGUAUUGACACGCGUCUCACAAGACAAGAUCAAGGACAGUGGUAACCCACGCGACAAAGCCUUCAUUUGCGCCAUUGUGCGCAUUCUCUCCGCUUGGCUGGCGCAAGAAACGACUGCUAUGCGUCCGGCUAUCUACAAGAUCUUGCCAUUCAUGUUCAAGGUAUGCAACGAGUCAUUCCACGAACUGAAGGCUUGGCGCAGCGGAACGCGCGAAGACGAGCCACCCGUUGAUGUGCUGCGUGUCAUGCUACCGGCGCUAUGCCACUUGGCUGUGGAGGAUGACGCACGUAAAGUGCUCUUUACCACCAAGCAAGACGAAGUACUAUUGGAGCAAAUCGAGUUCUACUUCAGCAUUGCUCAUUACAAACGACCACCAAUACCGCGCGCCGAGCGCCUAAAGCGCAUGAACGAACCAGAUCCAGUGCCGACACCGAAACAGAUGGAAGAGAUGAAGGAUGCACGUGCGGCCAUCGUCUCAUUGUGCAACAUUUUAAUGAACUUGACUGUGUUGGAACCGAAAUUGGCCGAAGACUCACCACUAUUUGCCAACGUACUUAAGUUUGUUGUUGAGAAUCUGCCUGAGCUGAAGGACACACCCGACAAUCUCGUCAUGCACGGACAUCUUGCCGUGCUCGGCUUACUGCUACUGAAACAACAAUCCAAACGCGUCAAGCAGAACGAUUUCUCCUUCUGUCGCUACAUACAAGCAACAAUUCGUUUCCUCUGGGAUGCCUACAAUAUCGACGAGUCCAAUGAUCCCACCGCGUUGGUUGUGUCCAUCGCUUACAAAGAACACUGGAUGGAAAUUUCGGAAUUAUGGUUCCUCGGUAUGCAGACCAUUAGCGGAGUGCUGGCACUAGUACCUUGGCUUUCCGAGUUUGCCAUUGAGUCGGGCUGGGCUGAGGGCAUCGUACAAACCUUGAAGAAGGUCAAAAUCGGUACGCUGCCGCCCAAUGUAAAGUCUGCCUAUGAGGACUUCCUUUCGCAAUUGGUAGAAGUGAACCCGUCAGUGGUGGCCGUGUUGAAGAAGGCAGACGCACUGCGUGUUUGCCGCAAUCACCGAAUGAUGGACUUGGGCAAGAAACUUUUCGGCGAUUAGAUGAAAUCAAUGACAGCUGAUGCAUAUUGUAGCAUCCAGACAUUUUGUUUAACCUUAAUCAAAUGAACUGGAGUUUGUAGGGUUGAGAAUUUACAACACAGAAUAAAUUUAGUAUAAGUAAAACGAAGACCUUGAGAUAAUGAAACUUUUUGCUAAGUAUAAGAAAAAGAAAAAAUUUGCUUUUGACAAUGGCUUUUCGAAUGUCCUAAGAACUUUUUUGUGUAUUUUUGAAUUUUGUAUUGCAUGAACUGAAUUUGUAUUCACUGGUUUUUAUAUACAUACGUCUAAUUUAAGCGAAAAUACGACUUUGUAAGGAGAAGAAAUUAAGAGAGCAAAGGAACAAAAAAAUAAAAAUAAAAUGAUACAUUAAUAAAUUAA